AUGCCGGCGCUUCAGUUGGGGCUCUUCUCCGACAACCUGAAGGGAUUCAUCCUUGCCGUCACCUCCAGCGCCUUCAUUGGUGCCAGCUUCAUCCUCAAGAAGAAGGGCCUCAAGCGGGCUGGCCUCUCCGGUGACCGCGCCGGUAAAAAAAAUCUUCUCUGCCCUCCCCACCUUCCCCGAGAGGAAAAUCUCCACCUCCUCGUUGAUCUUGCUGCUCACCUCUACUUCUUCCUUGUGGCCAUCUUCUGGCAGGCGCGGGAGGCUACGGGUACCUCCUGGAGCCGCUCUGGUGGGUGGGCAUGAUCAUCAGUAAGCCGCAUCCCUUCCUCGAGCUCUUCCCCCUUCUUCCCUCGCAGAAUCUGCCCGAAACCUGCCUGAUGGGAAGAUGACAUUUGUCCAUCGACUGUCAGUGAUACUCGGCGAGAUCGCCAACUUCGUGGCGUACAUGUUCGCCCCUGCUGUCCUGGUGACGCCAUUGGGAGCUCUGAGCAUAAUCGUGAGGUACCACCACGGACUGGAGCAAAGAUGGCCCAACUCCACUCGUUCGGUUUUUUCUUCUCUUACAAAUCUGCGUGCUCACCUGACGAUGUUUCUUCCUGGGGACGGAAUGGUUCAGUGCCAUUCUGGCGCACUUCAUCCUGCAGGAGAAGUUGCAGAGGAUGGGUGUGCUGGGCUGCGUGCUCUGUAUCGUGGGAUCCACUGUGAUCGUCCUACAUGCGCCGGAGGAGAAGACGCCAACCUCGGUGGAGGAGAUUUGGAAUUUGGCCACCCAACCAGGUACUCUCGAUGAAUUGAAUCUCUCUCGACUCGCGGGGGAUCAUCGUUCCCCUCUGCUCUCUCUUAAGGCUCGGUGGUGGAUUCCCUCCAGCAUUUCUUCUGUACACGGCGUCCGCAGUCGCCGUAUCACUGGUGCUGAUGCUGCAUUUUUCUCCACGAUAUGGGCAGACAAAUAUAAUGAUAUACUUGGGCAUAUGCUCUGUAAUCGGGUCUCUGACGGUGAGUCUUUGAUCUAGGGUUUUAAUAUCAUCCUGGCUUGUUUCACCAUGUUCCAAGAUUGUGGGUCUUUAGCUGUUGUUUCUUAUCCAGGUGAUGAGCAUCAAGGCCGUAGGCAUUGCGAUCAAGCUCACAGUGGAGGGCGUCAACCAAGUGGGCUAUUUACAGACAUGGGUUUUCUUUAUGGUCGCCAUCACCUGCAUCGUUAUCCAGUUGAAUUAUUUAAACAUGGUUAGUACUCUUCCAACACCCCUAUUCAUUGCAUCGUUCUUCCGAGAUCUGCUGAUCCAGGUUUCAUUCAGAUAUAUUGGAUGCAUGCUUCUGUGUAUAAUUAUGUAUCUUAAUUUUUUACAUUGAUCUAGAUGACUUACAUAGUCAGGAUAACCAGAGAAAAGAUUUCCUUAUUCACCUCCAUUAAAUGCGCAUUAUAUGAGAAAGGAAAAAAAGCAAAACUUCUGAGUCAAAAUCAGAGACCACAUCCUACUUCCACAUGCUUUCACAGGAUAUCAUAGGUUGAACAGAUGCAAGACGAUUCGAUAAAUUUGGCGCCAAGCAGUGUUUCUGCUUUUUAAGACAGCUUCUGAUGCUUUAUCCAGAGGUUUUAAGGACGGGCACGUUAUUUCAUGAUGAGCUUUUCUCGUGGGAAUUCCAGAAACCAUCCAUUUCAUCGGAUUUACCUGGUGUACCUAUUUCACUGGUAGCACACAUCCGGUGGCCUGUAGUUCACUGUUUGGAUAUAAUUAGACAUUUGGUCUUCUAAAACGCCCUCCUUGAUCUGAUGCGCCAAGAAGACACCUUGAGGAUUCAAAACUCUCAGGAAGGCAAGGCGGCGCAUAUUUCCAAAACCCUGCUGUUGUCAAGCUGAUCAUCAUUUCGUCGCGCCAUUCUAAUGAGACAGAUCGCCUGCAGGGUUACUGACGAAGAUCUGACCAUUAACAUUUCUGCCUAAUUUGCGUUACCAGGCUUUCAAUCUUUCAAAAAGGCUCAGUGUGUGGAAGAACUGGGCCUCAGGAUACUUAUAAAAGGUCUGUCAAGGGGAAAACAUUGAUUUAGGCCGGUUAUGGGCGUCAUUGAAAGAGAAAACGUCCCUGGAUGGAUUGAACGAGUCUGGCAAUGAAGAAAAACUGGCUGAAGAAAGACCUGGAUACCAAGAUCUUCAACCCGAGGAGCCAAUAAGUUUCAGAGUAGAUCAUUCCUAUUAUGUUUUUCCACUUGUGCCCCGACUGUUUUGCCCUUACGCGCUUGUGAUUUAGCUGAUGUCUGCUGUGAGUAAGAAUAAAACAUUUUUCGUUUGUCUUUUGGCGAUUCCAGGCACUGGAUACUUUCAAUACUGCGCUUGUUUCUCCCAUAUACUAUGCCAUGUUCACAACGUUCACAAUCCUUGCCAGUGCAAUAAUGUUCAGGGUAAGAUGAUUCUGGUUUUUCCGGUGACAAUUUUUCUUAUCUAAGUCUCAAGUUUUUCUAAUCUUCUGUAGGACUGGUCGGGUCAAAAGGCAAGUAAUAUAGCCUCAGAGAUCUGCGGAUUUAUUACGGUGCUUUCUGGAACCACAGUAUUACACUCUACAAGGGAAUCAGAUUCUCCCUUAGUAACAGGUUCGUUACCCAACAUCCCGAGGGGGCCCUCUGCAUUACUUACUAGAAUAUCCACGUUUUGAAUCCACUAAACUCAUGGGCAUGCCUAUCUAACAAGGCCCUCCUUGAUGCAAAUCUACUAAGCAGUUCCACGGCUCCACAGACCAUCCCUGGCUCCACAUUAUCCUUUUCAACGAUCAAAACCUUGAUUAUCCCAUCACUCUUGUAUGGUCAGAAUUCAACCGAAGAGGUUUUACAAAACAUCUAGCCCUGCAGACCUAUUAUUGUUGAUCGAUCGCCAGUAGCAAAGGUCAACCUGUUUGUGGUUGUGACAAAGUGAUGUCCUUUAAUAAGCUUCCCAUCAGGUAGCAGCCUUGCCUCGUCUGGAUCCUAGAUCCCUUGGCUUCUCAUCGUUUGCUGCACGCCCAGCAUUCCCUCUGGGUUUGCCGCCACUGCUUCGUCUCAUCAUCCUCUAUAUCAGCUGUUGUUGAAGAGGAUCAUGGAUUUUUCCCAUGGUCAGGAGAGAACACAGAUGAUGAGAGAGCCCCAUAGAAUUAUGGAGAACCAUGUUAAGAAUCUAGACUCAAAUCCUGCGGGUGCUCACAAGUCCAAAGAAUCAGAAACCUCGGGCUACAAGCCCAUGAAACUAUUCCGUCCGUAUCACUGGAAUGUUCCGCCCAGCCAUGAGUCAAAUCUGUGUCUAGUCUUUAUUUUCGAUAGAUAAUCAAAUGCCUUUUUUAAUCUAUGCUGAUGGCUCUGGUUGAACAUACAGAAUUGUAUUCACCACUGUCACCCAAAAUAUCAUGGCGUACAGAUGGGAACGGUGAACAGGAGAAGCAGAAAGACGACGACCUUUUCUCUGCAGAAUUUAACACCAUUCUCCGACAAGACCAUUUCACAUGA